UAGCGCAAACCGCAUCUUGCCAAAGAGCCAAAUCAUUAUAAAAUUAUUAUGUCAAUUAUAUUAUUAUACAGAAGGCAGUAUACAAUAGUCGAAAGUUUGGUCGAAAGACUGCCUGUCCUCUGGACGAAUUAAAAAAUAUAUAUUUCAAUUGUCAUUGUCAACUGUCAAGUGUCACGUUAAAUUCAAUAAAUUCUCGCUUUUUGUAUGAUUAUCUAAUCGCCUAAAAUGGGUAUAUUAAAAAAGACCACAGGUCUUACAGGCUUGGCCGUAGCUGCUAACCCGCACCACACGCUAGGAGCAUUGUACGGUAAAAUCCUAAGAACACUACAACGGAUGCCUGAGUCAUCUGUAUACAGGAGAUACACUGAACAAAUUGUUCGCGAGAGAGCUGCUGUUCUGACACAGACAAAAGAUGUGUUCGAAAUUGAACAAAAAAUCAACUGUGGUCAAGCUGAAGAACUUAUUAUCCAAGCUGAAAAUGAACUAAAUCUGGCGCGUAAAAUGUUGAACUGGAAACCCUGGGAGCCUCUCAUGGCGAAGCCUCCCAAAGGACAGUGGGAUUGGCCUCCUGCAAAACAAUAAAUUAUUCUUAUUUAGACACAUAGUGAAUAGAUGUUGCAACUUUUUGUUAUUGCCUGUUUUAUUUUAAUCAAUGCCUUACUAUUUUCUACUAUUAUAGCAUUGUGACACAAUUCUAUUCAAAUCUGACCAGUUAAUAAACAUCUCCUGUUAAC